AUGGAGUCCCGAUGGACAGACCUGCUACUCCCCCGCGCUUCGGCCACGAUGCCGUCCCGCCCAACAUCUCCCGAGUGGGCGGAGCUCCCCCGUCGGCCCGACAAGGAGCGCGACUGCUCGCGGUGGCUCGUCUGGCGGCUCUGUCGUGCCGCCGUGGUCGUCGUUGCUCUCGUUCUUGUUCUGCACACCCGGCCGCCACUGCCUGCCGGCCUCAUGCACGGCGCUGACCCAAGCGCUGUUGUCGCCAACUUCAGUGCCAGCCUCGCGUCCCACGCGGACCAGGACCCCAUUGCGCUGCCCCUGGCAUGCCUCCCGAUCUGCGGCGGACGAUGUAGGACGGAUUGCGCCCCGGCGAGCGAUCCGAGCCAACACGGGUCACUGCACCGCUGA